CCGGUUGAUUGCAAAGCUGGAGGAAAAGUGCACCGUGCUGCCAUCAAGCCACAAGAAAGCUCUCUCUGCAGACGCUGAUGAGAUCAUGUACACGACACCUGGAGACGUCGCGAUCUACUAUGAUGAUAAUGGGAGAAAAUUUGUCAGUAUUCUGAUGCGCUUCUGGUAUCUGACAAGUGCACAUCUUCCUAACGACGCCAUGGAGGGAACCCGUGUCUUCCAGGUGGACAUCAGUGGAGAGGGAGAAGCAGAAACGAAAAGACUCCUAUCUGCAAACUACGAAUUCCAAAGGGAGUUCACUAAGGGAGUGCCUCCGGACUGGACCAUUACGAGGAUAGAGCACUCCAAGCUUUUGGAUUAAAAUGGUUUUGAUUUGUGGCAGUUGUGCCACUGGAAACUAAUCAAAGACAUGAAAUCGCGCUCAGUAUUUGCUUUCAUUAAAUUGAGUAAACAAAAACAGCUCAAGAUAAUCCACAGAGUAAAACGUGAUGCAUCGCCUCGCUGGGAAGUCCGAGGAAAGCACCAGGACAGACUUGGAUUCACUCACUUUUCACUGUUGAAAAGACUCAUGAGCCGACCCAUCUAUUCUCAUAGAGACUGCGCAGAUCUGUCUGCGGUAUAACAGUGUUUUUGAUUUUAUUCUUCAAUAUCUCUGAUAUCCCAACCCAAAAAACAGUGAUCAGAACUAAAGUACAGUAGGUUUGUGAACUCUUGAACUUCUCAUUUUAACUUCCAUGUAUCGUCAUAUGGAUGGGGCUCGCUGCACAUGGGUGUGCCUUGCACUUGUUCUUGGAAACUCAUCUGGCUUUCUAAUUUUGUAAAGACCAACUAUUGUCUGAUAUUCCCAAGUAGAGAACCAUUUUUUCUCUUCGUAGGACUGUGUGGUAUAACAAUGUAACAAUUCAAUGUGCCCGAUUCCCUUUUUUUUCACACAACCUGUUGCAGUAACCUGACUCUGAAGUACAUGCUAUAUAUGAACAGUAUGUGUAAACACAUGUUUGCAAUGAUUCAGGCAGCUUGAUGCAGCUGCAGCAGACCCUUGAUUGUGUUAUUAAAGAAUUGAG